CUUAAAUGCAUGCGAAAAUAAACAACUGCAUCCAUCGUCGGAGGUUCGUUGAACUGCAGGCAAGUCCAAGUCCUGCCUUUGUCUGGUAGUUGGUAGCUGGUGCUGGGCCUGCAAAAGUUUCUCUCUCGUGCCAAAAACAGAAAAUUUAUGUCCUCGUCCCUUAACUGAAGACGCUUACUCCGCUGCAGCCGAAAGCCAACAGAAGUGCAAGUUGCCAAAGCAAAGCAAAGCAAAACAACACGAGCCAAGUCUAUUAACAGGCGAAAAGGAAACACAUGCCCGAAAUGCGACCGUCGAUGGUAGGCGGGGGAGGCAACGCAAAUCGAAUUGUAAAGCGCUGCCAAUGAAAAGCACAGCCCAUGGGCACAACUUGAAGGAAGACGCCAACGAGGACGACGACAGGAGCGAAAGGAGCAAAAGGAGCGAAAGGAGGAAGAGGAACGACAGCCUUGUCAGCAUUUAUGCAGCAGCAGAAAUUUACACAGACUUAAGCAGGAAGAGAGGACGAAGGAAGACAGGCAGCCAUCCAGCCAUCCAGCCAUCCAGCACUUGACUGCACACACACACGCACGCACGCACAACAAUUGAAACAGUUAGCUGGGAAAGCGGAUUGCGAAUUUGCUGUAUUGACAUAAGGAAAUCGUUAGCCGGCUUAGCAGAGCCGAGCCGAGCAGAGCUGAGACGGCGGGCGGGCGUUGCAUUUAAAAUUAAAAAUAUAUAAGGGGGAAAUCGAAAAAUACAAAAAAGAAUUGGCAGUGGGAGACAAAGUGAUAUGCUAAUGCCAAUGGCUUGCCGGCAGGCACUUCAAGGCGAGCCAAGCACCAGCACCAGCACCAGCACAAGCACAACGCAUGAAUAUUUCUUGAGAGACGUCAGAGCCGUCGAGCCGAUGACAAUAAGCCGCAACAUGGGCCAGUAAGCCGCUCAAAAGUGACAUUAGAGCAGCAGCAGAGAGAACCUAGAGCAUAGCAGCGACGAGAUGACGGAACUGAGACGCGCCAAUGGGCAUCAGGAGAGCGCGGCAGCCACAACGCCGCGUCUGCACAAACAGCACUCCCUCAGGGAGUUGACACCACAGCUGAGCAACGGUCAGUCGCGGCAUCCACUGCUGCAGUCCCUCAACGAUCACGCCAAUCUCAGCAGCGCUGGCAGCACCAGCAGCAGCACAGUCACGGCCGCAACUGCGCAGGCGCGCAACUGCAAUGGCAGCAGCUUAGAAUUCGAUGAGCACGACAUCUACUACGUCUCGCCAUCGAAACGAAAAGGCGCUGGCCAAUUGCUGCGCACCAACUCCAACCACAAUGUGGUCACCUUCUCCAACUAUGUGACCGAGCAGCGGGCCCCUUCGACGCGCGCCUCCACGCCCAGCAACUGUGGCCAGCAACAGCCACACCAACAGCCACAUCAGCAGACCGGCACCCACAAUCGUGGUUCGCUGAAGCGCGGCAAAGGACGCAGUCAGCAGUCGCUCUGCAGCUGCGAUGCUGGCGAUGAGGCGGAUCUCAAGCUGGACCCAGCACGGCCGCUGUUCGAGUACAGCCUGGAGCGUAGGCGCAAAACGCACACCUAUACGUGCGAGCAGAACGCUCAGAUACUCAUGAGACUGGAGCGCGAGCGUAAUCGUAAAUUAUCGCUAACCUCCUCCAUAGGAGCUACAACGCCAACCACAACCACUAUGGGCAACGAUGCGCAGAGCGACUCGCCCAGCAUGUCGGAUGUGGACUUCAUACCGCCUGUGCCGCCGCCGCCAUCCAUGAAGCGCAAUGGCAGCAUGCGAAGCUUGCGUUUGCUGCAGCAGCUACAACAACAACAGCAACAGCAGCAACAGCAACAGCAACAGCUGAGCAGCAACAACAAUCAUGUGGGCAUUGCUCAGCUCUGCAGCAGCGAUCUGUUGCAAGACUGCACGAAAACGGCGCUUCAUUUGGGCGGCACGGCGCUGGACGAUUGCGCAGGCACAUUGCUGAAGUGCGCCAAUGGACUGGGACAGGAGAAUAAUAAUGGCAGCAGCAACAGCAAGCCGGAUGUGUGCCAGGCGAGCAUGGGCGGCCACAAGAGUCAGAGCAACCACAGCAUUUCCAGCACGCACAAAUAUCUCCCGCCCUUCAUGAAUCACAUCAGCGAUGACAUCUUCACACCGCACUCCAAGAAAUCAGAUCCGAGUCUCUGCUUUCUCCCCUCGACCAACCAGCUGAGCAAAUACAAUACGAUUGGGCCGAGCAGCGACUAUGCCCGCCACUUGGCGCACUACACGCGCUACCUGCAGAAGCAGCAUCAGCAGCAGCAGUUGGCCCACUUCCAGCAGCAGCGCUGCCGCUGCUUCUCCCAGUCCCUGACCGCUUUUCCACGCGACUACUUUGGCACGCGGCAAGACAAUCAACAGCAGCAGCGACAGUCGCAGCAAGAGGGGCAGCCGCCGCCGCCGCCGACGUCUGCUCGCUCCUCGAGCAACAACAACAUCUUCCACACAGGCUCCGCUGGCGAUGCACAGGACUGGCUUAAUGGCAAUGGUGUUGGGCGAGGCGCAGGGACUACAGGGACACUGCCAAUUAAUAGCUGCAGCUUUAGCAAUUUAGUUGACAUCGACGGUCGUCACACGCUGGGCAGCUGCCGCGUGCCCUACCAGAAAUUUCAGCUUGCCAAUGGCAGUGGCAACGGCAUGGCAGGCUCCACCUUCACCAUGACAUCGUUCGAUAGUGCUAAUAGUGGCCUUAAGGAGAAAUUGCAGGCGCAGCAGCAGCAGCAACAUCAGCAGCCGCCAUUACAGCCGCAUCAGCAGUCGUCCCAUCAUUACCAUGAACAUCAUGUGCAUCCUUUGCUGCAUUCGACCACGAACGCUGGCGGCAACAUGGGCUCGACUGCACCACAGAAACAUCAUCAGCUGCACUCGAGCGUGACGAGCAUCAUGCCGUGGAAGCAUCGACAGUGCCCCAGUCGCGGCUCCUCCAGCUCGGGCACAAACUCGUUUCGAUUCGAUGCGGCCAAGCACUGGCUGGCAGUCAGCUCGAUACUCUUGAUAAUUGGCGCUGCCAGUGUUGCCGUGCCUCUGGCUCUACGUGUGGCAGCAAGUGCUCCGUUUGAGGAACGCUUGCGCGUGGCCGUUCAACUUUUGGAUCAAGUGCCUUUAAUCGAUGGGCAUAACGACUUACCCUGGAAUAUACGCAAGUUCCUGCACAACAAACUCAAUGACUUUAAUUUUGAUGAGGAUUUGCGGAAUGUGAUGCCUUGGGCGCGCAGCCAUUGGAGUCACACGGACCUAACGCGACUGAAGAAGGGACGCAUAUCGGCGCAGUUUUGGGCAGCAUAUGUGCCCUGUGAGGCGCAACAUCGCGACGCGGUGCAGUUAACGCUCGAGCAGAUCGAUGUUAUUAAACGGCUAACGGAUCGCUACUCUCCACAGCUAACAACAUGCACCUCGGCCCAAGACAUCAUCGAGGCGCACAAAAAUCAACAACUCUGCUCACUGACCGGGGUCGAAGGUGGCCACUCACUGGGCGGUUCUCUGGCGGUGCUGCGAACCCUCUACGCCAUCGGAGUGCGUUACAUGACGCUGACAUCGACUUGUCAUACACCCUGGGCGGACUCGAGUUAUGCGGAUGCGCCGACCUUUAAUAUGAAACAUGGUGGCCUCACGAUAUUCGGCAAGACAAUCAUACGCGAAAUGAAUCGCCUGGGCAUGAUGGUCGACUUGUCGCACGUUUCGAAGGGCACUAUGCGCGAUGCCCUCGAAGUGAGUGAAGCGCCUGUGAUAUUCUCACACUCGUCCGCCUACGAGCUGUGCAACACGAGUCGCAAUGUACAGGACGACAUCCUGCAGUCAUUGGCCAAAAAUGGCGGCCUGGUGAUGGUGAAUUUCUAUUCGAAAUUUCUGUCGUGCAGCGAUAACUCAACCGUGCAUGACGCAGUCGCACAUAUUAAUCACAUUAAGCGUGUCGCUGGCAUCGAUCACGUUGGUCUCGGCGCUGGCUAUGACGGCAUUAAUUACACACCCAAAGGACUGGAGGAUGUCUCCUCAUAUCCCACACUCUUUGCCGAGCUGCUCGGCGGCGGCUGGACUAUUGAUGAGCUCACCAAGCUGGCCGGUGGCAAUUUUUUGCGCGUCAUGCAGCAGGUGGAAAAACUACGCGAUGAUAAAAAGGCCGCCGGCGUCAAACCAUAUGAAGAUCAUCCCAAUUUUCGCACAGACGAUCCUUACAAUUGUACUUCCAGCUAAUUGAACUUAAGCCAUUUACUAAGCGAGGUUGUACAGUAGGCCAAGACAGCUGGCUAGUUGGCAACGAAUACAUUUUGCUGCAUAAAGAAAACCAAAUACUUUCUAGUCGGUACAAGUAUAUUGAAUUACAUAUAUAAAGUUAAAGGUGUUAGAUAUGUAAGAUGCCUAGCUUAGGUUUAUAUAAGCUUUAACUAUAGCUAAAGACUAUUUGGCUGAUUUUCUAAGAGCUCAUUUCUCUUUUUCCAAAACCCGUCGCACAAAAUCUACGCGAAUUUUGAGUUUAAUGACAAUCUACAGACUGCCCCAAAAAUGAAAAACUAACCAGAACCCACGUAAAUGAUAUUUUUUUAGUACAUAUGCAUUGUUUUUGAAACCGCUUUACUCCAGCACCUUACUGUUGGGUCUGUUUUUUAACUAACUGCCAACUUGUUCUUUUUUUUUCAAUCUUUUAUCAACAAAUUCGGACAAAUUUGAAAGCAAUUUGGAAAUAUACGACGAUCGUUGGAGUACAAGUAUAAAGUAAAGACCAUACAAAAUGUUCUGUUAAUAAAAAGCAGAAAUGUUGACCUUCUUAGCCAACUUUCACAUUAUCCGGAAACGAUGUGUAUACUUGGUAGAGAUUCAUUAAUGACUUUACAAUGAUAUGGAUGUGAUGACAGAUUUUCAAAGAGAAAACCGACUUGGCUGAUUUCUAGAAACGCAGGCUCGUAGCAGGCUCUCGUAGCUGUGCUUAUUUCAAUUGUUCUUAAUUUCGCAUUCUCCUGAAAAUAAUGAGCUCAAAUAAAUCUUAAGAAAUGUGAAAGUUAAAUUGAAGUAAAGCCGAAAUUAAGUCUUAAAAAUUGGUUGUCAUAAAUGAGAAAAUAUCCCGAUGAUGGUUAGGAAAGAAACAGAGCCCAAGCAAGAUUCUCCAACUAUCCCAACCAAACAAUAAACCGCUCACGAUUCUUUACACAAAAUUUAUAUAAACUGGACCAAAGCAGCUGCAGCAACAAUAGAGAAAAUACGAAUAUACACUAAAAUAGAAAUCGUUCACACU